UCCGACGAAGAAUUUAUCUCGUCGUUACAUGCUCGUUCCGCGGCUAUGUCCGUCUCAGUUCCUCGGACUGUUUGGCCUCCACAACCGUCCCGUGCGGUCCAGCCGAAAACAGCUCGACUCCAACGAAGCCAGAGCUGUCGUUAUCCACGAUAUCGGCAUGUGACACAUCAUCCACCCACGGUACGCACUUUCAUCUUGGAUUUUCACUGCGAAGUAGACGAAACACGGGGAUUUGUUUACGGGACCGGUGGCGCUCUGCUUACCACAAUUCGACGCGUACUUCGUCAAUUGUUGCAUCUACGACGUCUUAGGCUCACGGACCUGUUCUUGACCACCUCAGAUGCACGAAAUUUGUUGCUGGAUGUGACAAAGGCUUGUGCCUCCACGCUGACCAGUUUGAACUUGGUCCAUCUGUACAAACCGGCGACCGAUUUUACUGACCUGCUUCCUCCCUCAUUCAGUCUCAUGUCCUCGUAUCGGAAUGAACUUGGUCGACCCGGUGCUCCCAUGUACGGUCUGGAUGAUGACUGGUAUUUGCUCGACUCUCGCUGGCUUGGUGCUCGUCCCCGGCGUCUGCAUCACAAUCCGAUGGCCGAUUUGGCCAGCUUGUUUCCUUGCCUGGUCCGUCUUUCCGUGGGCAUCACCCAGCUGACCGGACCGAUGCUGCUACGCUUGUUGUACCAGACCAGUUUGUCGGAAUUGUGCAUGGUGCAGGUGUGUGACCAGUUACCCAAGUUUCUUUCUCAUUAUUUUUCUAGUCUAUCUUUAUUCAGUCGUUGGUCUGUCGGCUCCAGUCAAAACACUAGUGGUCGUGUCCUUUCGGUUUUUUAUUUUCGAUACAGGUAG